CCGGACGUCGAAGGCUCCAUCUAUUGGUGGGGAGCUACGCCUCACCUGAUAUGUAACGGCAGCGAGCCGCAAUACAAGUAGAGUCCUAUGCCUCCACGUGCAUGCCAGAGAAAGGACGUACCUGAAGGAGGAGAAGGACGAGGAGAGGGGGAGGAGGAGGGGGAGGAGGAAGAGGAGGAGGAGGAGGAGUGGGAGGAGAGAAGGAGGAGGAGGUGGAGGAGAUUGAACGGAGAAGGACGCGGAGAGGGGGAGGAGGAGAGGAGAGGAGGCGGAGAAGGACGAGGAGAGGGUGAGGAGGAGGAGGAGGUGGGGGAGAGGAGGCGGAGAAGGACGAGGAGAGGGGGACGACGAGAGGAGGAGGAGGAGAAGGUGGACGUGGAGGAGGAGGAGGAGGAGAAGGACGAGGAGAGGGGACGGAGUAGUCGGAGGAGGAGGAAGAGGGGGAGUGGGAGGAGAGGAGGAGGAGGAGGUGGAGGAGAUGAGGCUGAGAAGGACGAGGAGAGGGGGAGGAGGAGAAGGAGGAGGAGGGGGAGGAGGAGGAGUGGAGGCGGAGCAGGGCGAAGAGGGGGAGGAGGAGGAGAGGAGAUGGACGAGGAGAGGGGGAGGAGUAGGAGGAGGAGCAGGAGGGGAAGUGGGAGGAGAGGAGGAGGAGGAGGUGGAGGACAGGAGGCGGAGAAGCACGAGGUGACGGGGAGGAGGAGGAAGAGGAACAGGAGGACGAGGACGAGACCGGGAGGAGCAGGAGGAGAACGAGCAGCAGAGGAAGAGGAGGAGCAGAGGAGGCGGAGGAGGAGAACGAGCAGCAGAGGAAGAGGAGGAGGAGAGGAGGAGGAGGUGGAGUGCAAGGAGAGGGAGUGGUGGAAGUUAGCAAGCCCUGACAAUAAAUGCGUCUCGGCCAGUCGGCCGACACACGUGUCUGGGGUUCGCUAAUCGUUUUUUAAUUGAAGCCGGGACAUCUGUGAAAAGUGGAGCGAUAAAAAAAAAAAAUAAUAAUAAAAAAUAAAUAAAUAAAUAAAAUUGGAGCGA